AUGACAUUUGGCCCCGGUAUUCUGUCUCCAUUGAUCGUCCUCCAGCUGAUUUUCCUGUCAGAUCUUUUCUGCCUUUCUCCAGCUGAUCGAGAUUACGAGAGGCGUGCUCAUCGACUUCCAACGCGAACCAUGACAACCCGGCGCGAUCGGAUCGCGAGCACGUCGUCUAGGCCUGCAUACAAUAGUUCUGUGUUUGCGUGCCCAUCCUCGACGAGUCCUAGUGUAUCUUCCCAAUACAGUACGCGGCCAACACAACGCACAAGCGCGGGGACCACCAAUGAUGCCGGAACACUUGCUCAGCUCUCCCUUCAACCACACCGGACGCCGCACAUACAUAUUGAACUCUUUUGCCGACCAACGAGUCCACCCAGAAUCCACUUAAGCUUUGGACGAAACUUUCGACCCCUCACAUGGACAGCCCAGUGA